GCCACAGGGGGAGGCCCGGCCGGCCCACGUGGCGCUGACGCGGCGGAGGCGGGCGGGCCGGCGGCAGGUACAGUGGAGCUUAUGAAGGCCGAGCAAAGAGCUGGAUGGUAUUUUGUGUGAGCAGAGUUGAGCGGCGUCCAGACGUGGGGAACUACAGAGACAGUUGUAGGUAGGAAGAUGAGUCCGAAAAUUACAACAGAGCUGCUGAAGCAACUGCGGCAGGUGAUGAAGAAUCCCAAGUAUGUCCAGGAGCCUAUCCAAGCCUACAUAGUGCCCUCUGGAGAUGCCCACCAGAGCGAGUACAUUGCACCCUGUGAUUGCAGAAGGGCGUUCAUCUCUGGAUUUGAUGGCUCUGCAGGUACUGCCAUAGUCACUGAGCAGCACGCGGCCAUGUGGACUGACGGGCGCUACUUCCUGCAGGCGGCACAUCAGAUGGAUAACAACUGGACACUCAUGAAAAUGGGUCUGAAAGAUACACCAACUCAGGAGGAUUGGCUAGUGAGUGUCCUCCCAGAAUGUUCCAAGGUGGGAGUGGACCCUUUCAUUAUUCCAGCUGACCAGUGGAAGAGGAUGUCCAAAGUCUUGAGAAGUGCUGGCCAUGACCUUGUGCCUGUCAAAGAAAACCUGAUCGAUACAAUCUGGACAGAUUGUCCUCAACGCCCCUGCAAGCCUCUCAUCAUACUUGACCUGAGUUACACAGGGGUCAGCUGGAGAGACAAAAUUACAGCCCUCCGUUCAAAAAUGGCUGAGAGGAAAGUCAUGUGGUUUGUGGUAACGGCCUUGGAUGAAGUAGCAUGGCUUUUCAACCUCCGAGGCUCUGAUGUUGAGUACAAUCCUGUAUUUUUUGCAUACGCCGUCAUAGGAAUGAACACAAUCAGGCUUUUCAUUGAUGGUGACCGGAUGAUGGACCCAGCUGUGAGGGAGCACUUACAGCUUGACUCCACCCUGGAGCCUGAGUUUAAAAUCCAGGUGAUGCCCUAUGGAUCUAUCCUGUCAGAGCUGCAGGCUGUUGGUGCAGGCCUCUCACCCAAGGAGAAAGUGUGGCUCAGUGACAAAGCCAGCUAUGCUCUUACUGAGGCCAUUCCCAAGGUUCCAAAGGGAACAGUAACAGAAAUAAUAGCUGCAGACAAAGCAGAGGAAUUCCGCAGUCAACAGAAAGACUUUGUUGAAUUGAGUUUUGCUACCAUAUCAAGCACAGGUCCAAAUGGAGCCAUCAUUCACUACAAGCCAGUUCCUGAGACCAACAGAACGCUGUCUGUGAACGAGAUCUACCUCCUGGACUCAGGAGCACAAUACAAAGAUGGUACAACAGAUGUGACCAGGACAAUGCAUUUUGGCACACCAUCAGCCUAUGAAAAGGAAUGCUUCACCUAUGUCCUGAAGGGACAUAUAGCUGUGAGUGCAGCCAUCUUCCCAAAUGGAACCAAAGGUCACCUUCUAGAUUCCUUUGCCCGCUCUGCCUUGUGGGAUUGUGGUUUGGAUUACCUGCAUGGGACAGGACAUGGAGUUGGCUCUUUCCUAAAUGUACAUGAGGGCCCUUGUGGCAUCAGCUACAAAACCUUUGCAGAUGAGCCCUUGGAGGCUGGCAUGAUCGUGUCUGAUGAGCCUGGGUAUUAUGAAGAUGGGUCCUUUGGGAUCCGAAUAGAAAAUGUUGUCCUUGUGAUCCCUGCUGAAACCAAGUACAAUUUCAAAAACAGAGGGAGCCUGACUUUUGAACCCUUAACCCUGGUUCCAAUACAGACGAAAAUGAUUGAUGUUAAUUUGCUGACUCAAAAAGAGUGUAACUGGGUGAAUGACUACCAUCAGAAAUGCAGGGAAGUAGUUGGAGCAGAACUGGAGAGGCAAGGCCGGCACGAAGCUCUUCGGUGGCUCAUCCGGGAGACGGAGCCUCUCGUCAGAGUCCAGUAGCAGCACAGUUGUCUGCGGUGUGCAGAACACCAGGACCGCUCCGUGUCCCAAUAAUCUACAUCUUCUUGGACCUUGGCACCGCUGGGAGGAUGUUCUUCAAUUAACCUUUGGAAAUCAGGAAGGGAUUUCAUGUAGUGUUUCUCACCCUGCAACAUGUGUGGGUAGUGUGGGGGUAAGGAGGGUUACUGUCUGAAAAAUUUUUUUGGCGGGGAGAGUUUGAGCAUAGAAAGCAAACAAAAUAAAUGAGCACAUUGCCUUUGAAACAGGGGUCUUAUUUCAAUAAUGGUUCUAAGAGGCAAUACUGGAAUAUUUUAUACUGUCUGGUUUUUCACUGUGAAAACUCGGUAUUUUUGCAUACUUGAGUUCCAGUUGCUAAGAUGUUACACACACAGCAGGACUGAUUACUGAAUAAAAGAUUCCAACCCGCUAUUUGCUCCA